AUGCCCCCUUCUCACACCUCAGCAUCCUUACCACACCCUAGCACCAGCGUUCAUCAUCAUAGACAGCAACCCGGCUUCAAGGAAACUGCCUCUGUUGUCAUGGUAUUCACAACUGAUCACCUAAAAUUGAAACAUUGUUCUGUCUCCGAGCUCAUGCUUGUGUAUACGGUAAUCUCUGCACAGAUUCGCUAUUCCAUACCGGAGGAAUUAAAGACCGGGACCAGUGUGGGGAAUAUUGCUAAGGAUUUGGACAUUGAUUUAGCGAAAAUAUCGGACCGGAAUCUUCGCAUUAUGGCUGGGUCAAAGCAAGAGCUGUUCCAGGUAAAUAAGAAAAACGGCGCUUUGUCUGUCAGUCACAGGAUAGACAGAGAGGAACUGUGUCCUAAAAUAAAUCCUUGUCUCAUUAACCUGAAGGCAAUAAUCGAAAAUCCACUUGAAAUGCACCAAAUUACAGUUGAAAUUACAGAUGUAAAUGACAAUUCCCCUGUUUUUUUGGAUGAAAAUUUCCGUUUAGAAAUAUUAGAAUCUGCAACGACUGGGACCCGAUUUCAGAUAGAGAGUGCGCACGAUGCCGAUACAGGUUUAAAUUCUCUCCAGGCUUACAAAUUAAACCAAAACCAGUAUUUUAGGAUUGAAACAGAGGACUUUGGUGAAGAAGGCAAAAUUCCUUUUCUAGUCUUACAGCAACACUUAGACAGGGAAAAGAUUGCGGAGCAUAAUCUGUUUUUAACAGCUUUAGAUGGUGGAAAGCCGCAGAGAUCUGGAACUCUUAAUAUCACUGUUGUUAUAUCAGAUAUAAAUGAUAACGCACCUGUAUGUGGUGAGCAAAAAUAUCAAGUAACUGUGAAAGAGGACGCACCUAAGGGAACAUUCCUGCUACGUGUUACUGCCACGGAUUCGGAUGAGGGAAUUAACGGGGAAAUCGAGUACUCACUGAGAAGCAAGUUCAGAGACGGAACUUCUGACCUAUUCGAUUUAGACAGUGAAACAGGAGAACUGCGGAUAAAGGGCGCUCUCAACUUUGAGGACAAGCAGGUGUAUGAGCUUAUGAUUUUGGCUGCCGACCAAGGUGCUGUGUCGCUAUCCACACACUGCAAUGUUCUGGUGAAAGUGGAGGAUGUAAAUGACAACCGGCCUGAGAUUGACGUCACUUCAGUGACCAGUCGUAUCCCUGAAGAUGCGCAACCCGGUACAGUUGUUGCUCUGAUGGGAGUUACAGAUUUGGACUCAAGUAUGAACGGACAGGUAGUGUGCUCGCUGUCCAAGGACAUACCAUUUGACCUCAGGGCGUCAUCAGAUGGAAAUUUUUAUUCGUUGGUAACCAAAGAAUAUUUAGACAAAGAGUCAAAACCAGUGUAUGAUAUUGUAAUAAUAGCCAAGGAUUUAGGGAGUCCCCCCUUAUCAUCGUCAAUGGCAAUUCACGUUGAAGUGCUAGACAUUAACGACAAUAGCCCUGUCUUUUAUCAAAAUCCAUACAUUUUCUAUGUGAUGGAAAACAAUAAACCUGGAAUGUCCAUCUUCUCAGUUAGUGCGGCUGAUGCAGAUGACGCUGAAAAUGCAAGAAUCUCUUAUUCAAUCGACCGUAUGAACUAUGGACUCAGCAUGACAUCUUUUCUUAGCAUCAGUGAAGCGAACGGAACAGUUUAUGCACUGAAGAGCUUCGAUUUCGAGUCACUAAAAGCGUUUCAAUUCCAUGUUCUUGCCAGAGAUUCUGGAACUCCGUCGCUUUGCAGCAAUGUAACAGUAAACGUAUUUAUUUUGGAUGAGAAUGACAAUGCGCCAGUGAUCUUGUCUCCAGUCAGCACUAAUAGCUCUUCUGAAGCUGUGGAAGAGAUUCCCCGAAAUGUGAACGCAGGCCAUUUGGUGACGAAGGUCAGAGCAUAUGACGCCGAUGUAGGAUACAACGGCUGGUUAUUAUUUUCACUGCAGGAAGUAACUGACCACAGUCUCUUUAGUUUGGACCGUUAUACAGGACAAAUAAGGACCCUUCGGUCAUUCACAGAAACAGACGAGGCUGAGCAUAAACUGGUCAUAGUGGUCAAAGACAACGGGAACGUUUCACUUUCAGCGACAGUGACUGUGAUUAUCAAGACUGUGGAGCCCAAAGAGGCCCUUGCGGCCUCUGAUGUUAAAAGUGCCGACAAAGACCACGAAGAAAAGAACGUUACAUUUUAUUUGAUUAUUACAUUGGGGUCAGUUUCGGCACUUUUUCUGACCAGUAUCAUCGUGUUGAUUGUAAUGCAGUGCUCCAAACCAACUGACUACUCCGCUAAGUAUUUAUCAGAUACACGAGAAAGUUACGAAGGGACACUGUGUCACAGCAUCCAAUACAGAUCUGGAGAUAAACGGUACAUGUUAGUUGGACCCAGAAUGAGUAUUAGCUCUACUGUAGUCCCGGGAAGUAAUCGGAAUACUCUAGUGGUUGCAGACCGCCGGAGAAGAGAUUCCAUGGAGUGUCACACAAGAAUACUGGAUUGA